AUGCCCACCGCGACGAGCACCAUAACCACGACGGUAUACACUCACAAAGCGCCACACAAAACCUCAUUGAAGACGGUGCUGCCCAUACCGAUGCCGACAAAUAACUCCCCCACGACGACGACGCUGCGCUCUCUGUAUAACAGGGCCGCUCGAGCAUUCCUCCACAAGAACAUUGGACUCACUCAUACCCUCAUCGACUCUGCAUUUCAACUGCUGAAGGCACCAACUUUGACCCAUGAUGCACUCGACGAGCAUCGCCGAAAGUGGGAUAUCCUCAGAAUAACUCUGGAAACAACCAUCUACGCUGAUCCACCGUCGAGAGACUCCAUACCUGAGCACCUUCGCUCCAUUCUGACAGAAUCCCCACAAAUACUUAUGUCGAACAUCUAUGGACGUUCAUUGGCAUUGUUUACCCCUGUCAAUGGGACUACGGAGGCGGCGACACCGGAUGCCGCAUAUCUACCGUCAGCGGUGUUGAUCACCCUCCUGUAUUCCACCUUGAAGCUGGACUGUCCAGAUGUUGGGAGGAUGAUGGCAGAGCAAUGGAUGUCUCGUCGGGAGUCGCCUUUACUGCUUAACGCAUCUGAGGCGUCGGCAGGCUCGGAGGAAGGCGGCUACGAGAAGGUGGUGGAAAUAUACGUACUCCACAUCCUGCCCAAACUGGAACAGUGGCAGUAUGCCAAAGAGUUCCUUCAGUUCGAAGGAGAGCUGCACGAACCGCAAAGAGAGUUAUUCAAAUCGCAAUUGAACGCACUGCACGCGGAAACACUUGCCGCCCGAAUUCCUCGAUCCUCACCUACGUCCGAAUCUCCCUCUCCGACACCGCGUACGCAUUCACCAGCACCAUCAGCAUCUUCUACAUCUUCGCUUUCCACCACAUCCACUCAUACGGUCGUUCCGUCUACGCCAAGGGGUAGUAAAUCAUCUAGCGCCCCUCAGGCAAUGACGGCCCUGGCCACUUCGUCAUCGUCCUCAAAAGCGUCCUCAGACGGUACUGCGACACCGACCCCUAGAGGAAGGCAUGUGGCCUUACCCAAUGGCAAUGUACAUACACGGUCGGAAACGCGUCGGACGAACUCCUCUGCAGCAUCGUCCAGCUCCGUAUCCUCCACCGGCCCACGAACGAUCCUCCAAACGUCCUCUACGCCCACCUCACCCCCCACUAUCCUUUCACUGGUCAAAGCAUCCCUGGCUCCCCACCUCACCACGUCAAAAGUAACAACAUUCAUCAUCCUCUUCGUCCUUUUCCCCGUAAUAUCAUGGAUCUGGCGAAUACGGUAUAGACGACGGAGAGCUGCUAUUGCGGCAGCUUUGGCUCCUAGCAAUGUUGAUCUUGUGCGACGCCGACUUCAAGUCGCCGGUGCAUCGGACGCCAGCCUUGUCACCCGGUUGUGGAAAGGCUCGCUGAGAGCUGUUGUGGAUACAGUCAAGAUGGCGGGUAGUGGGCUUGUAUAG